GAACGCUAUCAUUUCUCAGAGUGAUAUUACGAUUCGGCAAAAUUUGGGCAAGACUAAAAUGAUCAUAUACAUGCUUGAUAGACGCCUGAUAAGAGGCCAAUUAUCUUUAUAUGAUCGUUGAUAGCAUUGCCUGAAAAUCCGAAGAGUUCCUUGUAAGCCGAUAAGGCCCCAACAAUGUGCAGCUAUAUAAGACUUGCCCACUGGGAGGCAGGGCCCAGUGAAAGGGAAAGUGCCAAAGAAAAUGAAAUACCACAGUAUUACCACAACGGGAGUAUUGAUCUGUUGCCUCAUGGUGCAGAUCGAUGGCCAUGGCAUGAUGUUGAGUCCCGUGGCGCGUUCAUCACGCUGGCGUUACGACUCCUCGGCGCCGACAAACUACGAUGACAAUGCGCUCUACUGCGGCGGCUUUUGGAAACAAACGGAAAACGACGGCCAGUGCGGCUUGUGCGGCGACGACUACAGCCUGAGCGCGCCCAGAGCUAACGAAUUGGGCGGUAAAUAUGGUGCCGGGGUCAUAGUGAAGAGCUACAACGGCGCCAGCUCGAUUGAGGUAAAUGUGCUCAUUACCGCCAAUCAUCUUGGCCACUUCAGCUUCCAUCUGUGCAGCCUGGAUGAGCAUGGCAGCGAGUCGGAGCAGUGCUUUGAUAAGUAUCCGCUGCAGUUUGCCGAUGGCAGCCGCAAGUACUACAUUAGCUCCAAGACCGGCAGCUUCGAUGUGACCUUAAAAUUGCCCAGUGGGGUCAGCUGCCAGCAUUGCGUGCUCCGUUGGACCUACACGGCGGGCAACAACUGGGGCGUUUGUGAGGAUGGCAGCGGUGCUAUGGGCUGUGGUGCUCAGGAAACCUUCAAGAAUUGUGCGGAUAUCAGCAUUGUGGCCUCAGCCCGGGGCCUGUUGGAGGCCUCUGCGCUGGCUGAGUUGCCUGUGCCGGUCGAGGAGGUGAUUGCAUAA